CACACUCCCUACUGGGGAUGUGCCCGCAACCAAGGCACAUACCCUUGGCCAGAAUCGAACCCGGGACCCUUGAGUCCGCAGGCCGACGCUCUAUCCACUGAGCCAGACCGGUUAGGGCAGAACGUCCCACUCUUUAGGGGUGGGCCUCAAAAUGACUUCCCACCAAAACGUACAACCCAGAAAGGGGGAAACGAAGUGACUUUACAGUGGAAAAACCUGGCAAACACUGUCUCAGCAGGUGAUCAAGGUCAGCAUCACCAGUGAUAGGUCAUAUUGGUGGGAAUACCUUUGAUCUGAUGUGAUGAGAAUGGCACUCUGGUCUUCCUUCCAAAACCCACAACCCCCAGUCUAAUCAUAAAAAACAAACAAAACAUCAAAUCCUAAUUGAGAGACAUUCCAAAAUAACCAGUACUCCUUAAAUUGUCAAAGUCAUUAAAAACAAAGUUUGAGAAACAGUUGUGGUCAAGAGGAGCCUAAGGAGACAUGACAACUAAAUGUAAUGCGGGAUCCUAGAUGGGAUCUUGGAACAGCAAGAAGACAUUAAGUUAAAAACUAGGAAAUCUGAAUAAAGAAUGAACUGAUAUAAAUGACAUGUCAAAAUUGGUUAUUAUUUGUGACAAAUGUACAAAGAACUUGUAAGAUGUUAACAAUGGGGGAAACUGAGUGUGGGGUAUUUGAGAACUCUACUAUCUUCACAGCUUGUCUGAAAAUCUAAAACUUUUCUAAAAUAAAAAUUUAUUUUAAAAAACAGCAAAAUGCAUUUGUUAUGAGAAAUUUUAAAUUAAAACUAAUUGCUACUUUCUUAACCCUCGGGUUUCUGAGUUGAGUGAUCUUUAUCAGGGUCACAGAAUCAGCCCCAGUUCUCUCAGUUCUUGCAUUCACUCUUCCAUAAGACAGAGCUGGGAAGGUGGUUUGCUUAGGCAGGAAGGACUCUAACUCCCAGAGUGCACCUGUGCGGUUGCCAGGAGCAACCAAGGAAUGCAGACUAACAGCCCGGCUAGAGUCAGGGCUAUUGAGGACUGCGGGCCAGCCAGCCAUGGGCCAGGAUUAUUACGCUAUACUCCAUGUCACUCGCAAUGCAGAGGAUGCCCAGAUCAAGAAGGCGUACCGGAAACUUGCCCUGAAGAACCACCCACUGAAGUCCACGGAGCCAGCCUCAGUGGAGAUAUUCAAGCAAAUAGCGGAGGCCUACGACGUGCUGAGCGACCCUGUGAAGAGGAGCAUCUAUGACAAGUUUGGAGAAGAGGGUCUGAAGGGCGGGAUUCCUCUGGGGUUUGGGUCCGAGACCCCUUGGGCAACUGGUUACGUCUUCCAUGGCAACGCUGAAAAGGUUUUCCAUGAGUUCUUCGGAGGAAACAACCCCUUUAGUGAGUUUUUUGAUGCAGAAGGACAAGAGGUGGAUUUGAACUUUGGGGGGCUCCGGGGCCGAGGGGUCAAGAAACAGGACCUCCCAAUAGAAAGAGACCUCUACCUAUCCCUGGAGGACUUAUUUUUUGGCUGCACCAAGAAAAUCAAGAUCUCCCGCAGGGUGCUGAACGAGGAUGGGUAUUCCUCUACCAUCAAGGACAAGAUCCUCACAAUUGAUGUGAAGCCUGGUUGGAGGCAAGGCACACGAAUCACCUUUGAGAAGGAAGGUGACCAGGGCCCCAACAUCAUCCCAGCAGACAUCAUCUUCAUCGUAAAGGAGAAGCUACACCCUCGCUUCCGCAGGGAGAAUGACAACCUCAUUUUUGUGAACUCCAUCCCCUUGGGCAAGGCUCUGACCUGCUGCACCGUGGAGGUGAAGACCCUAGAUGACCGGCUGCUCAACAUCCCCAUCAAUGACAUCAUCCAUCCUAAGUACUGCAAGAAGGUGCCAGGUGAGGGGAUGCCAUUGCCUGAGGACCCCACCAAGAAGGGGGACCUCUUCAUCUUCUUCGAAAUCCAGUUCCCCACCCGCCUCACACCCCAGAAGAAGCAGAUGCUGCGCCAGGCAUUGCUGACGUAA